AUGGCUCGAGCUGAAUCCUCAGCCAGUGCUUCUCGCAAUGCCCUAAAGGCUAAUGUUUCUGGUGCCCCUCCGGACUAUGAAUUGCCCUGGGUCGAAAAGUACCGUCCAGUAUUUUUGGACGAUGUUGUUGGUAACACAGAAACUGUUGAACGUUUAAAAAUCAUUGCCAAGGAUGGAAACAUGCCUCACGUUAUUAUAUCGGGGAUGCCUGGUAUUGGAAAAACGACCUCAGUUCUUUGUCUGGCGCGACAGUUGCUAGGAGAUGCCUACAAGGAGGCUGUUUUGGAGCUGAACGCUAGCGAUGAGAGAGGUAUCGAUGUCGUGCGGAAUCGUAUCAAAGGAUUUGCGCAAAAAAAGGUCACACUACCCCCGGGCCGCCACAAGCUUGUUAUACUGGAUGAAGCAGAUAGGUUUGUAAUUGUGAAUGUGUUUGGGUUCCGUGCUCAUGAAAUUCUUUUCAGCAUGACCUCCGGUGCCCAGCAAGCACUGCGACGGACGAUGGAAAUCUACUCCUCUACGACGCGAUUCGCCUUUGCAUGCAACCAGUCAAACAAAAUUAUUGAACCACUCCAAUCCAGAUGCGCCAUUCUCCGCUACGCUCGAUUGACCGAUGCACAGAUAGUAAAGCGAUUGAAGCAGGUUUGCGAUGCGGAAAAGGUAGAACACACCGAGGAUGGGCUGGCAGCCCUGGUAUUCAGCGCCGAGGGUGAUAUGCGUCAAGCCCUAAACAACCUGCAGAGUACCUGGUCUGGGUUUGGCUUGGUCAGUGGAGAUAAUGUGUUCCGCGUGGUAGACAGUCCUCAUCCAAUCAAGGUCCAGGCAAUGAUCAAAGCUUGCUGGGAGGGAAAAAUAGAUGCCGCUCUGGAAACGCUGAAUGAGCUAUGGGAUCUGGGAUACUCCUCCCACGACAUUAUAAGCACUAUGUUCAAGGUGACGAAGACGAUUCCAACCCUGUCCGAACAUUCGAAAUUAGAGUUCAUCCGCGAGAUUGGCUUCACGCAUAUGCGAAUUUUGGACGGUGUGCAGUCACUUUUGCAGUUGAGCGGGUGUGUUUCAAAGCUUUGCAAAAUAAACAUGCAACCGGAACUAUUCGAGCCCCCAAAGUCAUAA